UUUUCGGUCGGCAAGUCGUGAUUCUGCCAGGAUCGUCCUCCAGACGUCCGUCCCUAGUCUAGUGGGCCACCCCCGAUGUCAGGGUACACCUUGCGCCGCCGCUUAAUUACGAUAGCGGAGAUCAAGCUUUCCAGCAGCGCCCCGUACCGGUCUUAUUGCCCCCCUCCCCAGUAAGUCAUUCUGCAUACCUCGACUUUGACAGGAAGUCUCGCUGCAACGCCAUUUAAGCUUACUCUCUCCAGCACCGAAUGCAUUGUCCUCUCCGCCCGAGGAAACGCAAUAGCGACGCACCGCACGAAGUCGUUGAGCAAGCUUGUUUGUUUGUUGAGAAGUGCAGAGGCGUGUUCGUGCGGUGCUAUAUAACCUCCCCGGCGACCUUUGCGUCAUGGCCAGCUGCGUUGCAUGCCUGCUCGCAGAACCGCCCCUAGCCACCAUGUUGCGCCCCGUCCACACCGAAACCUACGUGCUUGGAGCCGCGUCCCGGAGCUGUGAGGACCGCUCACGGCUCGCAUGCGCGUCGAAGUCCAUCGACGACUCGCUCUUCUCUACCGUCUUGCUGGUCGUGAUACUGGCAGUCGGCGGUGCAUCCUUUAUCAUGGCCGUCGCCUACUUGCUGGGCGAGGACCACAACGCAGUAUUACAUCCCCCAAUUGCAGACGGCGCACAUGCCCUUCUCUGGGCAGUCAAGCAGAGCACCCGCGGGUGCGCGACGAUGUGCUAAGAGCACAUAAUCUGUGAGUGAUCCC